AUGUCCUCCACUGAAGCCCCUCCGAAGCCGGACCUGUCCGUCCCGCCCGAGCUCUCCAGCCAAUCCAACCAAUCCACCCUAUCCGACCUCCCUAAGCUAUCAGCCUUGUUCACAGAAAUCGAGGCGAGAUUCAAAACAACGCAGCUCGGUGACGAAAGAUGGUAUAUCCUCGCCCUGUCCUGCCUCGCCACCGGGCCGGAGCCCGAACUCGCCGCACACCUCUACCAGCACCUCAUCGCCCAGCCCGCCUUCUCAACCAGCGCGUCCCGCCAGCGGCUGGUGCGUCGUCUGCGCGAGGCCCUCUUCAAGUCCAUCUGCGUGAUUGGCGUCUGCAAGCCCAUCGAGUCCAUCCUGGCCAUUGCGGCCAUUGAGCGGCCCGAGGAUCGCGACCUGUCGCAGUCGCGCGAGGGCUGGCAGGCCGACGCGGACAAUGAGCAGCGCGCCCGCGACUGGUUCCGCAAGGUGUACACGCACAACGCCGCAGACACGAUUGGCCUCUUUGACGCCCACAAGGACUUUGCCUGGACGUCGAUGCACAUCACCUACGGCCUGUAUCUGUCGGAUCGGCAGGCGCUCGACGACGUGGAGACGCAGCUGGUGGUUCUGCCGUGCAUCAUGAGCCAGAAUCUGAAGCUGGAAACACGCUGGCACAUUCGCGGCACGCGCCGGAUUGGCGUCUCCAAGGAAGACACCCAAGUGAUCUGGGACGCAGUUCAAUCUUUUGCGGCGUUUUUCGACGUCAAGCUGACCAAGGUCCCGACAGUGGACGACGUUGAACCCGAGGUGUAG